AUGUAUGUGCGCAAUUUCCUCUGCGAGCGCUAUAAGUGGGCUCUGUAAGUAAAAUCGGGUGAGCAACCUACCACAGUCUAAGUUGAACAAAAUUACACGGCCAAUGUUAGAAAUUUCUAACAUUGGCCGUUUUCCACUGCGUCCAUUGGACCCAGUCAGUCAACACCACUGCCCUCACUUGAGUAGACAACGCUUAUCAUUUUUUACUUUAGACACUCCACGGCCAUUUCGUCAUAUGUUUCCACGGCUACAAUUUCGACGGAAUUUAGCCAGCAGGUGCAAAAGGACAUGGCUGACAUAAAAGGUCAGUUAAUAAACACAAAUGUCCGGCUAGCGGCACUUGAGUAAGACUGUGAACAAUCUCCCUAACAAACUAUUAGGAGAAGGAACGAUUUCCUAGCUGAGCAACUUAUGGCUCUUCAUAGCAGUGUGCAGCAGAUGCAGGCGACACUAUCAGAUGUUGUCAAUGCAUUGCAGAGAGCCUCCAGCGCCGGUUCUGUCGCAUCCUCCUCCCUAAAUUUACCGCUGUGUACCGAGGAGGCAUACGAAAACUUUCUUCGUCGGCUCAGCGUAGAAGACGGCUUUGCAAACGAGGCGGUAUGUGCACAUCUACUUGACUGUUUUCAGGUCCGGCAACUGGCCAUGGUAGGUGGUCGAAAUGAGGCAGACUUCCUCAGAAACCUACUGACGAUUCUUUUGGGCCCGCCCUUAUGCCACAACUUCUGUUGGGCGGGCGGAUCCAAGGAGAAGAAGUCCUUCAUGGCCUGUCCACUUUUUUCUGUCCUUAAAGGUAAGUCCAGUUUUUGUUUAUUUUCCCGCGCAGAUGCAAUUGCCCAACAUCCCCGUUUUGCCAACUGCACUACAGAGAUAUUUCGACGGACAGCAAUCAGGUGGUUUCAUGGAUCACAGGACCGGUACGGAGGAAGAUCGACACGUCGGCGGAGCAUUCGUCAGGUACAAAAUUUGGGGAUUUUCAUCCACAUUUAUUUAGACUGCAGAAAUCACCACACCUGCCGCCACAUGCCCACAAUUAUCCCCCGCGAAAGAAGCGGUAAGCAAAUUUAUCAAAUUGCCAAUCCUACACAGCAUGCUAUUUACUUCAUGUGAUUUUUACUAUUACAGUAGAUGUACUUGUACUUGUACUCGAUACGGCCUCCGUUAUCCUCGCGAUGUUGUCGCAACGAGCGCGAACUAUCUCAUUUGAGACCAAGUCGGUUAACUUCACUCGAAGGAUGAUCCUCAAGCAGUGGUGGUCAAAUACCUACAGUUUUCGCUCAUCCGCCACGCGCAAAGCUCAGCAUUCACUACCGUAGAGAAGGACAGACCGGACAGACGCGAAACUUAGUGGCGAUGGAGAGGUCACGUCGGUUCCACAGGCAUGCAGGUAUGCAGCUGUAGAAUACGUUGGUCUUCCCAGCGUUUAUGGACAAACCGACCGACUUAGCGACCUCGUUCACCCAUGACACCAUAGACUGCAGAUCACCAAAACUUGACGGUAGUAAGGCGAUAUCAUUGGCAUACUCGAGAUCAGUCAGUCGAUGUCGGGGUGCAAAUUCAACGCCUUCACUGUCGCGUAGGGUCCUCCCGAGGAUCCAGUCAAUAGCGUAGUAGAACAGUAUGGGUGACAGGAUACAACCCUGUCGGACGCCAGGCAGAAUACCGAACGGUUGGGAAAGAUUGUUACGGACCACGACUCUCGCAGUCGUCGAACGAUAGUAGGCCUUGAUCAUGGCGAUGAUUUUUGCCGGUACACCAUCUAGCGCCUUUAUCCGCCACAGAGACUCACGGUGAACGGAAUCAGCUGCCCCAUAGACUGAUGUCUUCAGUGACGACCACUGCUUACUGACUUCUCCGUCGGCUCGGGCUGUAAAACAGGUCCGGAUUUCUCUGCUUAGGGCCUCGGCAGUGCUGGCUUGCCGGAUUUUUGCGACAUUGAGGCGUCUAGGACGUGGCAUUUUUGGUGCGGAUGAGAGAUGAACUUUCAAGCGUGUACGGACGAGGACAUGGUCCGACCCAUGGGCGUUACCAGUCUUGGCACCACGCAUCGAUCUGCUAUCGUGAACCCAGCUGCGGAACCUUCAGCUGACUUCUAUGUAGUCAAUCUGACUGGCCGUGCGACCGUAGUUUGAAUACCAGGUCAGCAGAUGUUUUUUGCGAUGCUGGAAGCAUGUGUUGGUGACAAUCAGCAGAUCGCGGCGAGGCAGUCUUUCAACUAGCGCUUGCAACUGAGAGUAAAACGCCUCUUUAUCGCGCUGUUCGGCAGCCGACGUUGGUGCGUACACAGCGACGAUGGAGAUGUUCGUGACGUUCGUACAUUUCAGCAUCCAAUACCGAGAGGCAGUCCCGCAGUUCCCGCGGACGCCGUAGCUUGGGCCGUAGUACUGUGAUCGGACAUGUUGCAUGGAGUUUCUUGGGAAUUUCCAAUACGUGCGGGUCCCCAACAGCCGCUCGGAUUGUUUGUUUGAGGUUGUCUCCUUUAGAAGAUGUGCUAACUCAUGAAAUGUCAACCACAACUUCGAAAUGCGUUCUCGUUUCAGGAAGAUAAAUGACGUAGUGUUGUAAAACGAACCAUGAUGCAGCAUAAGUCUAUAAUGAUUCAGUUACCUCAGGGUGUCGGCUUUGGAAAGAACUUAUUUUCGGCUGCAUGCAAGGUCUAUACUCUGCAAAAAAUGACUACUUAAGUAGCAUGCAAUUUUCUCAUUGAUUUUCCAUGCCUUUGAAAAUUCAAUUAUAUUUCGGGGAAAACGGACAUGAAAAUAUUCAUUCGUUUACUUAUUCGGUAGAACAUUACGUCUUCUUCCAAUUUCAUACUGAAAAGAAGAGUAUAAUUCGGUUUUAAAAAAGUUUCCAAUUGUGAGAUUUUGUAAUACCGUUAAAUGACCGUUCAUGAUACGUCAUGCAUCUACAUUUACGAAUGCGGCUUGUAAAGUUAACAAUAUUGCUCAAAUCCACUGCUUACUUUUAUGAACCUCAUAUGGUCUCCUCUGAACACCGAGGAGAUAUGCAUGGUUUUCCGUACACGGAAACUAUACAGCUUGUAGUUUUUAAACCCUGAAUGCAAGUGUAACGGCAGGUCGGGUUCAAAAUUAUUCGGGAAUUAGAAACUUUCUUAAAGCCCAAUUAUACUCUUCUUUUGAGUAUGUAAUUGGAAGAAGACGUGAUUUUCUACGGAAUAAGUAAAAGAAUAAAUAUUUUUAUGCAUGUUUUCCACGAAAUAUAAUGGAAAUUUCAAGGGCAUCGAAAAUAAAUGAGAAAAUUGCAUACUACUGAAGUAGUCAUUUUUUGCAGAGUAUAGAUUUUGCAUGCAGCCGAAGAUAAGUUCUUUCGAAAGCCGACACCCUGAGGUAACUGGAUCAUUAUAGAUUUAUGCUGCAUCAUGAUUCGUUUUACAACACUACUUAAUUCAUCUUUUUGAAACGAGAACGCAGUUCGAAAUUGUGGUUGACAUUUCAUGAGUUAGCACAUCUACUGUAAAAUCGUACGUAGUAGAUACAGUGUUUAAUUACUUUCGUUGCACCUGCAUUACGUAUGUCUUACGAAAUUUUUUUUUAUGCAGGAACUACCAAUGGCCAGUGGAAGUGACUUCUCAUUCUGGAUACGAAGGUCGCAGAAACCCCCCUGA